GCAGACGUGUUGUUGAAUGGACGAGAAUCACCACACAAACAACUCAGACUCUGACUGUUCAAAGUGGUAAUUCGGAAAGAAAGAAACACGCUUCAAGACCUGUACGCACCUCGGCAACUUCACAAUCUCGCACCAACGACGCUCACGUCCAACACUCACACUCGUGGCCCUGGACUAGCGGCUCGCACUUUUCCGCUUGCAUGGGCCCUGCGCAAGACUUUGCCUCUGACUUUUUGCUCUAGCCCUUGCGGCCCACAUCCCCUUCAACUAGCUUCUGCCCGCUCACCCCCUCUUGUUAGGUUCGGAGUCAGCAUGGGCCUCACUUCGGACGAGUACCGCACGUUGAAAGAGUCUUCGGUCACUGGCCUCACCGGCUCGAGCUUGACGCGCAUCAACCUCAUCAGUCUCACUGCCCUUACGACUUACGCCCUGUGGGCUGCCUUGCGACUCAAAAGACCUCGCUUGUUGGACAGCGCGCUUCUUCAAUUUGCCCUGCUGGUGCUGCCGCUCUUGCUGUCUUGCACCCUUUUUUCAUCCGCAGCUGCAUCAUCGCUCUUCAACGCAGCUCUCUCCCUCGCCUGCCUUGGCGUGCUUCGACUGCGGGCGCAAGUCAGCGCAGUUGCUCGCGAUGCCUCCUCAGCAAAGGCCAGAGCAGCCCAAUUGGCCGAACCCAUGCGGAUCAGCAUAGAUUCCGCCGGCGACGCUGCUCACGCUGCCGCCAAUGCUCCCACUCGGUACGAGUCUCCAGACAAUGUCCAUCGAAACGAAAAGGGCAAGCAAACCCAGUCGCAGGCGCUUGGUCUGGCAUUUCUGGAUGAUGACCCCACUGCGAGGAGGACGAGCGUGCCUGACUUGUGGCCUCUCAAGACUGGCUCGCCUCACACGGACAGCACCCAGCCUCAACCUUCAAGCCCAGCAAGCGCAUCCGCAUCCGCAUCCACCUCUUCCCUUCACACUCCUGGCGCAACCUCUUCCUCUCAGGAUCAUUCCAUCCAGUGGCGCAACGAAGAUCGAAAUGCCAUUGCAACAUCACGCGAUCACAUACCUCGAGUCCGGUCUCCAUUAGGUCGUGGUACAUCUGACAGCUUGUCUGGCGCGGAGCACGAGCUGACACAGCGCUUGGCAAGAUCAGCGGCCUCAACUGGACCCGACGGCGAUGUGUCACCCCUUCUAGAUGCAGCGAGCGGUGCAGCCACCCCGCUUGCUGCGCAGGCCGCACCCGUCCCGAGGUCAAGGCCCUUCCUGACGGUGUACCGCGCGCACAUGAUGCUCAUGACCCUCAUCUGCAUUCUUGCUGUCGAUUUUCCUCGAGUCUUUGACGUUGGUCGGGACGCAAAGUGCGAAAGUUGGGGCGUAAGCGUAAUGGACCUUGGAGUGGGCUCAUUCGUCUUCAGCCUAGGCCUCAUCAACGCUGCACCGCUGCUGCGUGCACAGACGCGCUACGAACCGGUGCGCGCAUCGCUUUUGAGGGAAGUGAGAAAAGCACUGCCUCUGCUUCUGCUUGGAGGCGCCCGUGUGAUUGCUGUCAAAGGGUCGCAUUACCAGGAACACCUUUCGGAGUACGGCGUGCACUGGAAUUUCUUCAUUACUCUUGCGCUCUUGCCGCCUCUAGCUACAAUAUUGCGGCCGCUUGCACGGCAGCGCAACGCGCGGUGGAGUGUGAUCGGGAUGGGAAUUGGUGUUGCCUACGAGAUUCUCUUGCGCCUGACUAGCCUUCAGAGCUAUGCCCUUGCGCCAGGUCCCCGAACUUCGCUGUUCAGUGCCAACAAAGAGGGAGUCGUUUCACUCGCGGGCUAUCUUGCCUUGUACCUCAUAGGUCUAGAUGUAGGGCACUACGUCCUACCUCUGGAUCCCUACUACGCCUACCGAAGAGCGAGCGCUUCGCGCAACAAGCCAAAAUACGAAAAGCUUUGCGAGGUUCUUGCGAGUCUGUCGUUGCUCUUUUGGAUGGCGUAUGGGCUGCUAGCUCUGGUUUCGCCCGCAGGACGAGUCGCUAGCCGGAGAUUGGCGAAUCUACCUUACGUCAUCUGGGUGUCCGCAUUUAACGUCUCUUUCUUGCUCGGCUACGUGGCCAUCUUUCUCGCAUUGGUGGAAUGGCCUGCCAGCACUGCAAACCGAGCGGUAGAUGACGCAUCCACUCGACAGCGCCUUCGCGCAAGCAGGAGAAAGGCUCGCGAUAAUUCCUCGGACGAGGACAGCAUGGAGGAGGAAGCUGAAGAUGCGCUGCGCGGCCUCGAGCAUGAGCGUCUCUUUGAAGCGUCGCGAGCCCAGAGCAAAGAUGGCAUCCCGGGUCAACCCCUUGUCAGCGCGCCUACGUCUUAUGAAGACAGCUCCGCCUUAGCUCUGAACGCUGACAAUGCGUCUCGGAGUCUUGCUCGCGCUACAGCGCCUGCGGAGCCUCGAACGCCCGCCUUGCUGGAAGCGAUCAACGCUCAAGGGUUGCACAUUUUCCUAGCUGGCAAUCUCCUGACUGGCUUGGUCAACUUGACCAUGCGCACAUUGUUUGUUCCGGCACCGCUCGCGCUCGUCAUUCUACUCUUGUAUCUGGCCGCUUGCUCCGCACUUGCCCUUGAAGGAUGGCGUCGCGGCUGGAAGAUGCGACUGUGAAAACAGUCUCUUGUGUCAUUUCACACCGCCCAUGUCGCAAAUCUCAUCGCUCUUGGCUCUUUGAGCGUCACGUCAUCGUUGCUGAGCAUGAGAUUUGACAUUAAGAGAAACCUUGUGCGGCAUGUCGACACUUGUGCUUGGCGGGAAGACUUACUCGUCCUCCUAUCUCUUCUUGCCGGUUCUGAGCUCGUAGUUCACCUCGUCCGGAAGUUGCCUCAAUCUGCACAACUCGUCACGCACUGCUGUAGCGGUGUCGCCAACCCGAUCCACCACGAUGAUGCCAGCUGCGAAUCGGCAAGGUUUGUGUCAUUCGCCGACUCACGCAUAUCGACAUCUACCACUUGGAUGAUCCUCACCAUCUUUCCACAUUCGCCUCUUGCUGUCAGCAUCUCCCGCGUUGUCUGUCCAGAAUGCGCCUGCAUGACCAUAAUUUCUGAGACCCUGCGGCACACCUCUGCCAGCUA